CCAGAAAGCACUGUCCCAGGGCUGUGACUCUGACCUCUGUGAUUGCCCAGGGCUAGGAUGCAUCCCCCACCAGUCUCUCCCCAGGACCAGGACAAGGACCAGGGCCCAGGAGAUCACCUGCUGUGGGGCACAGGUAGCCUCAGGUACCUGGAGGCAUUGCCACCCUGAUCCAUGCCAGGCAGGCUGCCCUUCCCCUAAUGUUAGGAGAGGUGAGGGCACAGGAGCUCGAUGCUGGCUGUGAAGAAGGGUAGACAGGGUGGAGGUGAGCUGGCAGAGGGAGCAGAGCAUGAGUUCAGGAUGGAUCUGGGGAGACCAGGUCCAGGUGGGAGCUAGGAUGAUGCCCACAGCUCCUGCCUCCCUGCAGCAUUUGAAAUUGUGAGUAUCCGAGCAUCCAGCAUCAGGGCCGCAGAAGAAUGUCUAGUCACAGGCUCCCUCAGCAGCAGAAUCAGAAUGGUUUCCCAGCAUCACCCAGCUUCACCCUGGGGUAUCCAUACUUUGUCCCUUCAGAAAGGUGAGACAGAGCAGUUGAGCACCAGAAAGUUCUUACCAUCAGUGCCUCAGAUGUACAGGCACGCACACACCCAGAAUCCAGAAGGCUUUGCGUUUGGCCCAAGCCUAUUGUCACGGCCCCCUGGGUGAAGGAAGACUGAGCAGCCCCUCCCCGGGGUGAGCUGGACAGCGACUCUGCAGUUCCCUGAGACCUAGUCUCCCCUGAGCUACACAUUAGACCCUCUCCAGGAGUCACCUUCAGCCUGACCCCGAGGCUCGGGGCCAAGAGACUCUGGGGGUCCUGUCAGGACUGAGUUCCUUUGCAGAGAGCCUCAUUUUGUUAUAGCUUGGUUUGUGCCAUAUCCCGGGGGAGACACCUAACCUGCUCCCCCAUGUUGGUGGCAAAACAAAGACCCAGCGAGUAGGAAGCCCUGCCCUGGGCCCCACCGUCCAUCCAGACAGACCGACUCCCCAUUUUCUUUUUGUUUUCUUUUCCAUCAGCUUCCGGUGGGGCAGGUGGAGGCCUUUAGGCCAGGGCUCUGUGGAUUCUGGUGCCUGGAUGGGGGAAGAAGGGGUAGUCUGAAGCACCCACCUACCUACAACUCCAGGACUCCCUAGGGUGCAACGGGGGAGAGCGUCUGCUCCAACAGCUAUAAACUUGGGCUCCCCUGAGCACCCUGGGGACCCUCACGUGGAGGUCAGAGGCUGCAGUGACCCCUGCCUCCCUCGGGGGUGCUUCCCUCCUCAUGGGGCAGAGGCUGUGAAUGGGCUCCCAGACGCAGGACAGACCAUGGCCUGGUCCAGCUCCUGAUGUCCCCGGUAUCUGUGCCCAACAGCCACCCGCCUGCCAUGGAGACUUUCUUUAGGAGACAUUUCCAGUGGAAGGUGCCAGGCCCUGGAGAGGGGAAGCGGCGGCCCAGCGGUGUGGGGCUGCCCACGGGCAAGGCCCGGCGUCGUUCCCCUGCUGGGCAGGCCUCCUCCUCACUGGCACAGCGGCGCCGCUCCAGCGCCCAGCUCCAGGGCUGCCUCCUGAGCUGCGGGGUGAGGGCCCGGGGUUCCAGCCGCCGGCGCUCCAGCACUGUGCCCCCUUCCUGCAACCCCCGCUUCAUCGUGGAUAAGGUGCCCACUCCACAGCCUACCACUGUGGGGGCCCAACUUCUUGGCGCACCCCUGCUGUUGACCGGGCUUGUGGGCAUGAAUGAGGAGGAGGAGAAGGGUGUCCAGGAGGAUGUGGCAGCCGGGGCGUGGAGCGCCGUCCAGCCAGGCACCAAGACACCAGGGCCAUCCCCACCCCAGGGCGCCAGGCCGCUGUCGCCCCUGCCCGGCUACCUGCGCCGAGCCUCCUCCCACCUGCUCCCUGCGGAUGCCGUGUAUGACCACGCUCUCUGGGGCCUGCACGGCUACUAUCGGCGCCUCAGCCAGCGGCGGCCCUCAGGCCAGCACCCUGGCCCUGGGGGCCGAAGAGCCUCAGGCACCACCGCCAGCACCGUGCUGCCCACCCAUGUGCGCCCACUGUCCCGCAGGCGCCAGGUAGCCCUACGGCGCAAGGCGGCGGGACCCCAGGCCUGGAGCGCCCUGCUCGCGAAAGCCAUCACCAAGUCGGGCCUCCAGCACCUGGCCCCCGCUCCGCCCACCCCUGGGGCCCCGUGCAGCGAAUCAGAGAGGCAGAUUCGGAGCACAGUGGACUGGAGCGAGUCAGCGACAUAUGGGGAGCACAUCUGGUUCGAGACCAACGUGUCGGGGGACUUCUGCUACGUUGGGGAGCAGUACUGUGUAGCCAGGAUGCUGCAGAAGUCAGUGUCUCGAAGAAAGUGCGCAGCCUGCAAGAUUGUGGUGCACACGCCCUGCAUCGAGCAGCUGGAGAAGAUAAAUUUCCGCUGUAAGCCGUCCUUCCGUGAAUCAGGCUCCAGGAACGUGCGCGAGCCAACCUUUGUACGGCACCACUGGGUACACAGACGACGCCAGGACGGCAAGUGUCGGCACUGUGGGAAGGGAUUCCAGCAGAAGUUCACCUUCCACAGCAAGGAGAUUGUGGCCAUCAGCUGCUCAUGGUGCAAGCAGGCAUACCACAGCAAGGUCUCCUGCUUCAUGCUGCAGCAGAUUGAGGAGCCGUGCUCUCUGGGGGUCCACGCGGCCGUGGUCAUCCCGCCCACCUGGAUCCUCCGCGCGCGGAGGCCCCAGAAUACCCUGAAAGCAAGCAAGAAGAAGAAGAGGGCAUCCUUCAAGAGGAAGUCCAGCAAGAAAGGGCCUGAGGAGGGCCGCUGGAGACCCUUCAUCAUCAGACCCACCCCCUCCCCGCUCAUGAAGCCCCUGCUGGUGUUUGUGAACCCCAAGAGUGGGGGCAACCAGGGUGCAAAGAUCAUCCAGUCUUUCCUCUGGUAUCUCAAUCCCCGACAAGUCUUCGACCUGAGCCAGGGAGGGCCCAAGGAGGCGCUGGAGAUGUACCGCAAAGUGCACAACCUGCGGAUCCUGGCGUGCGGGGGCGAUGGCACGGUGGGCUGGAUCCUCUCCACCCUGGACCAGCUACGCCUGAAGCCGCCGCCCCCUGUUGCCAUCCUGCCCCUGGGUACUGGCAACGACUUGGCCCGAACCCUCAACUGGGGUGGGGGCUACACAGAUGAGCCUGUGUCCAAGAUCCUCUCCCACGUGGAGGAGGGGAACGUGGUACAGCUGGACCGCUGGGACCUCCACGCCGAGCCCAACCCCGAGGCAGGGCCUGAGGACCGAGAUGAAGGCGCCACCGACCGGUUGCCCCUGGAUGUCUUCAACAACUACUUCAGCCUGGGCUUUGACGCCCAUGUCACCCUGGAGUUCCACGAGUCUCGAGAGGCCAACCCAGAGAAAUUCAACAGCCGCUUUCGGAAUAAGAUGUUCUACGCUGGGACAGCCUUCUCCGACUUCCUGAUGGGCAGCUCCAAGGACCUGGCCAAGCACAUCCGAGUGGUGUGUGAUGGAACAGACUUGACUCCUAAGAUCCAGGACCUGAAACCCCAGUGUGUUGUUUUCCUGAACAUCCCCAGGUACUGUGCAGGCACCAUGCCCUGGGGCCACCCUGGGGAGCACCACGACUUUGAGCCCCAGCGGCAUGACGACGGCUACCUCGAGGUCAUUGGCUUCACCAUGACGUCCUUGGCUGCGCUGCAGGUGGGCGGGCAUGGCGAGCGGCUCACACAGUGCCGUGAGGUGGUGCUCACCACGUCCAAGGCCAUCCCGGUGCAGGUGGACGGCGAGCCCUGCAAGCUUGCAGCCUCACGCAUCCGCAUUGCCCUGCGCAACCAGGCCACCAUGGUGCAGAAAGCCAAGCGGCGGAGCGCCGCCCCCCUGCACAGCGACCAGCAGCCGGUGCCUGAGCAGCUGCGCAUCCAGGUGAGUCGCGUCAGCAUGCACGACUACGAGGCCUUGCACUACGACAAGGAGCAGCUCAAGGAGGCCUCCGUGCCGCUGGGCACUGUGGUGGUCCCAGGAGACAGUGACCUAGAGCUCUGCCGCGCCCACAUCGAAAGACUGCAGCAGGAGCCCGAUGGUGCUGGAGCCAAGUCCCCGACAUGCCAGAAACUGUCCCCCAAGUGGUGCUUCCUGGACGCCACCACUGCCAGCCGCUUCUACAGGAUCGACCGAGCCCAGGAGCACCUCAACUAUGUGACUGAGAUCGCACAGGAUGAGAUUUAUAUCCUGGACCCUGAGCUGCUGGGGGCAUCGGCCCGGCCUGACCUCCCCACCCCCACUUCCCCUGUCCCCACCUCACCCUGCUCACCCACUGUCCGGUCACUGCAAGGGGAUGCCGCACCCCCUGAAGGUGAAGAGCUGAUUGAGGCUGCCAAGAGGAACGACUUCUGUAAGCUCCAGGAGCUGCACCGAGCUGGGGGCGACCUCAUGCACCGAGAUGAGCAGAGCCGCACGCUCCUGCACCAUGCAGUCAGCACUGGCAGCAAGGACGUGGUCCGCUACCUGCUGGACCAUGCCCCCCCAGAGAUCCUUGAUGCCGUGGAGGAAAACGGGGAGACCUGUUUGCACCAGGCAGCGGCCCUGGGCCAGCGCACCAUCUGCCACUACAUCGUGGAGGCCGGGGCCUCGCUCAUGAAGACAGACCAGCAGGGAGACACUCCCCGGCAGCGGGCUGAGAAGGCUCAGGACACCGAGCUGGCCGCCUACCUGGAGAACCGGCAGCACUACCAGAUGAUCCAGCGGGAGGACCAGGAGACGGCUGUGUAGCGGGCUGCCCGCAGCAGGAGGGACAAUGCGGCCAGGGGACGAGCGCCCUCCUUGCCCACCUCACUGCCACAUUCCAGUGGGACGGCCACGGGGGGACCCAGGCCCCAGGGAAAGAGCCCCGUGCCGCGCCCUAAGGAGCCGCCCAAACCUAGGGCUGGAUUCAGGAGCUGGGGGCCUCACCUGUCCCCCAGAGGCCCCCGACGGACCCGGAGGCUCACAGGGGAACAGGACACGGCUGGGUUGGACAUGCCUUUGGUGGGGGCGGGGGUUCUGGGUCAGGGCACUCCCUGGCCGCAGCAGAUGCCCUCCGAGGAGUGGAGGGGCUGGAGAGAGAGGGAGGCCUUCGGAAAGAGCCUUCCUGGGCCCCCUGGUCUUCGGCCGGGCCCCCAGCCCCCGCUCUUGUCCCACCCCACCUCCCCCGGGCUUCCUCCCGGAAACUCAGCGCCUGCUGCACUUGCCCGCCCUGCCCUGCUUGGCACCCGCUCCGGCGACCCUCCCCGCUCCCCCGUCAUUUCAUCGCGGACUGUGCGGCCUGGGGGUGGGGGGCGGGACUCUUACGGUGACAUGUUUACAGCUGGGUGUGACUCAGUAAAGUGGAUUUUUUUUCUUU